AUGUCCAACUCCUCAACGCUCUAUACCUUUGAACUCAAUGACUUUACUGCAUGGGAUGCUGCAAAUGUCUUAGAGUUUGCUACCUCUCAAUUUGCUGCAAUCUGGCUGGCGUGCGACCGGAACCAUGUACCUCGCACGCCAGCUUACAAAACCAGCUUUAUCUGGCACCUCCAGUGGGAAGCAGAUCAUUUUGUGUUUCCAUAUAUCAACAUAUCACUGAUGCUCAACAUGCAUCCAACAAUGCCUGACUUCCUCCACGCCGUCAUCGGCAGAUUUGCCCGAUUUCAAACUGGGACCAUUACCGCCAAGGAAUUGCAUGACGAAUUUGUCACCCACUGCUCUCCGAAUAACACUCCGCUAAGGUCCACUCACUGUGUUGUUGCUAACUACCGCUAUGAUUGGUGGAAGGAUCGCUUCGACUGGUUGGGGUUGGAGCUGCCAGUCUUGAACAUGCAUGAGGUCAUGGAGAUGACCCAAGACCACUUUGAACAACUGGUGGACAGUGAUGCCCUGUUCAAUCAAAUUGUGGCAGUGAGAGCCCACCUCCAACAUCUCGGCGAAACAAUGGCUUCUUUGCUGGAGCAGAAGAACCAGAUUUCUGCCACAGCUGUGUCCACCAUGUCACAGCUCAAGGCACCAAUUAUGAAGCUGGAGGAAGCACUCUUGGAUUCCCACAGGAAAUGUGCCGACAAGUAG